CAGCCGGGAGCAGAGGCCGGGGCAGGGUGGAGGAGGCCAGCGGGGCAGCGACAGCAUGGUGUGAGGCCCCCGGCCCCCACCCAGCGAGGCCAGCAGGGAGCCGGUAGGCCGGCAUGGGCGGCCGCCGCCGCUGCUGCCGCUGAGGGCCGCUGGGCGAGCAGGCAGGGACUGGGACCAGGACAGGGGCAGGCGCCCCGCAGCGCAGCGCAGCCAGGCCCCCUUGUGCGCCCCGGCGGCCGGGCCAUGGCCGGGGCCAUGGAGGAGGACGAGUACACCAAGCUGGUGAUGGAGUCGCAGCCCGAGUGGCUGCGGGCCGAGGUCAAGCGGCUCUUCCAGGAGCUGGGCGAGACCACCCGCGAGAAGAUCCAGGCGGCCGAGUACGGGCUUGUGGUGCUCGAGGAGAAGCAGCAGCUGAAGCUGCAGUACGAGGAGCUCGAGCUGGAGUACGAGACUAUCCGUGGAGAGAUGGAGCAGCUCAAGGAGGCCUUCGGACAGGCUCACACCAACCACAAGAAGGUGGCGGCGGACGGCGAGAGCCGCGAGGAGACGCUCAUCCAGGAGUCGGCCACCAAGGAGGAGUACUACGUGCGCAAAGUGCUCGAGCUGCAGACCGAGCUGAAGCAGCUGCGCAACGUCCUGGCCAACACGCAGUCCGAGAACGAGCGCCUCAACUCCGUGGCCCAGGAGCUCCGGGAGACCAACCAGAACGUGGAGAUCCAGAGGGCACGACUGCGAGAUGACAUCAAAGAGUACAAGUUCCGGGAGGCCCGCCUGCUGCAGGACUACACCGAGCUCGAGGAGGAGAACAUCAGCCUCCAGAAGCAAGUGUCCGUCCUGAAACAAAACCAAGUGGAAUUCGAAGGCCUCAAACAUGAGAUCAAGCGCCUCGAAGAGGAGACGGAGUACCUGAACAGCCAGCUGGAGGACGCCAUCCGCCUCAAGGAGAUUUCCGAGCGCCAGCUGGAGGAGGCGCUGGAGACGCUGAAGACGGAGCGCGAGCAGAAGAACAACCUUCGCAAGGAGCUGUCCCACUACAUGAACAUCAACGACUCCAUGUACACCAGCCACCUCAACUUCUCCCUGGACGGCCUCAAGUUCAGCGACGAGGCGGCCGAGCCCAACAACGACGACGUCCUGGUCAACGGCUUCGAGCAGAACGGCCUCAGCAAGACGGCGGCCUGCGACAGCAACAAGACGUCCACCCCCAAGAAGGAGGACGGCUUCCCCCCGGCGCCCAGCCUCGUGUCGGACCUGCUCAGCGAGCUCAACAUCUCAGAGAUCCAGAAGUUAAAGCAGCAGCUGAUGCAGAUGGAGCGAGAAAAGGUGGGCCUCCUUUCGACUCUGCAGGAGUCCCAAAAGCAGCUGGAGUCCACCCGGGGAGCCCUCUCUGAGCAGCGGGAGAAGGUCAGUCGUCUCACCGAGAACCUGACGGCCAUGAAGAAGCUCCAGGUGAGCAAGGAGCGCCAGUCAGCGCUGGACAACGAGAAGGAGCGGGACAGCCACGAGGACGGGGACUACUACGAGGUGGACAUCAAUGGCCCUGAGAUCCUGGAGUGCAAGUACAAGGUGGCUGUGGCGGAGAUGGGCGACCUGAAGGAGGAGCUGAAAAGCCUGAAAAGCAAGUACGAGGAAUGCGAGUCCAGGUACGAGGAGGAGAAGGGCCGCUAUGAGACGGAAGGCCAGGCCUUGACCGAGAAGAUCGUGCUGCUGGAGAAAUCCAGCCGGCUGGACCGGGAGCGCCUGGCCAGGCUGGAGAAGGAGCUGAAGAAGAUGAGCGAUGUGGCUGGGGAGACCCAGGGCAGCCUGAGCGUGGCCCAGGACGAGCUGGUGACCUUCAGCGAGGAGCUGGCCAACCUGUACCAUCACGUGUGCAUGUGCAACAACGAGACCCCCAACAGGGUCAUGCUGGAUUACUACAAGGAGGGCAAGGGGGGUGGGCGCAUCAGCCCCGAAGGCAAAGGGAGGCGCUCGCCCAUCCUCCUCUCCAAGGGGCUCCUGGCCAUCGACCUGGGCAAGACCGAGAAUGGAAGCGGGGACAGCUCACCCUCUCCUGGCUCAUCCCUGCCAUCCCCUGUGCUGGAUCUCCGCAAGGAGCCCAUGAACAUUUACAACCUGAUCGCCAUCAUCCGGGACCAGAUUAAACAUCUCCAGGCUGCUGUGGACCGCACGACCGAGCUCUCUCGCCAGCGUGUGGCCACCCAGGAGCUGGGACCUGUAGUGGACAAGGACAAGGAGGCCCUGAUGGAGGAGAUCCUGAAGCUGAAAUCUCUGCUGAGCACCAAGCGUGAGCAGAUUGCCACCCUCAGGACCGUGCUGAAGGCCAACAAGCAGACAGCUGAAGUAGCCCUGGCCAACCUGAAGAGCAAAUACGAGAACGAGAAGGCCAUGGUGACGGAGACCAUGAUGAAACUCCGAAAUGAGCUGAAGGCCCUCAAGGAAGAUGCCGCCACCUUCUCCUCCCUGCGGGCCAUGUUCGCCACCAGGUGCGACGAGUACGUGACGCAGCUGGACGAGAUGCAGCGUCAGCUGGCGGCGGCCGAGGACGAGAAGAAGACGCUGAACUCGCUGCUGCGCAUGGCCAUCCAGCAGAAGCUGGCGCUGACCCAGCGGCUGGAGCACCUGGAGCUGGACCACGAGCAGGCCAGGAGGGGGCGCACCAAGUCCGCCUCCAAAGGCAAGAGCGGCCCCCCGAGCCUGUAGAGUAGUACCUGGAGACGGACUUGGCCUUCAGUGCCCUCGGUCAAAUUGCAGCUUUCUUAAACCGCUCCUGCUGCUGGCUAACCCAGCCCAGGGAGCUCUGGUUGCCCAAAGGAAUGGACACAAUCCCAAAUUGCCACCCUCUCUUUUUUCUUUUUCUCACGAAUAUACUGCCUGUACUCGGUUUCUAAGUUGCAUCUCCUGGUCGCUAAAGAGAAAACCUGCUCGCGUGGUGUGCCGAGACCUCCGCAGGAAGACCGUGUAACGAGUGCUGAAGACGCCAGCCCCGAGGCUGCUCCUGACGUGUUCAGACUGGGGGGGCGGGGAGCCGCCGGGGAAGCCACCUUCGUUGUUCACUAAAUUCCUUUCUUCUCUGAUUGUUAAACCCGUGCACUUUCGAUAUUUUGACAUUGUAUUCGCUUCCUUGAUUCCUCCUGUAGAAAGGGUCUGUGUGCUGCUCAUAGGUCUCCAUCAGGCUUUGCUUGUGCGUGGCGAUUUCUCCGGAGGCACGUGGCAGACGUCGGUGAGCUUUGGGGGGGGGUUUUUGCUCUAGACUGUGUUUAGCUGGGAGCCCCGGGCCCAGUCGGGCGGCUCGGCUAAACCCUCUUACGUGCUGUUCUCGAGCAGCCUUUUUUAAUUCGGAAAUGUUUAUGGUUUCUGUUUUAAAUGACUGAUUUUUAACUUCCAUGUUCAUUAAGAAAUCCAGGGUAUUCCAAUUCUGGGGUUUUUUCAUAUUGUAUUAUUAUUCUUAGGAAUAGUUCAAUGUAACAAGGAGAAAACUUGACUUUGCUCUGGUUCAUUCAAACAGUAAUAGGCACUUGGAAAAGACCAACGGAAGCGACUCGAGCAGUAAGUAGUGUUACCCGCGAGGUCCAGACACUCUGGAUUGGAGGAGGUCGUGAAGCAUGACUGAUUAACAGAAUUUUCUACAACUGUACCAGUGAAAUUCCAAAUUGGAAUUGUUUCGUUACCUCUUUUGUUCGUUGUGCCAAAUUGUGGUACAUUUAGAAAGAAACCUUCUCAAGUCGUCCAUUAUAGGGUGUUCAAUUUCAACGCCUUUUCGUUAAUCAUUGUUGCCAGUAGUGCCUUUGCUCAUUUGAGGGAGAAUCCUGGGAUAUCGUUUAGUCUGGGGAAAGGGGGGGGAUCCGGGACGAGCUGGUGGGGAAUGAGUACAGUUGUGCGGCAAUAACCUCAGCUCGUCGGCUUGUGGCGGUGGGUCUCUUCACGGCCCGCGAGAGAGGAGAAAUUGUACCAAAUUCUGUUAGUCGGUGAUACUUCACCACAAGGUUCCUGGCAAAUUCAGGGGUCGAGAAAGAAAAAGCAAACACAAAACAUUGAAUACGCUUUGGGAACCAACCAAACGGACUCUUUGGAACAAAGAAGCAGGCUGGAGGAGGAAGGACACUCCCGGCGGCGGGUCCGCUCUCGACGUUGGCGGCGGACAUGGUUUAGCCAUUAGUAUUCUUUGCGAUUGUGAAGGCGAGAUAUUAAUAUCUUCUCUUGCAUGUGGUAUCUAAUCAUUGUAAUUUCAGGAAACAGAAACGCAAAAAAAGAACCCCAACAAACGUCAGGGGCUUGGGGGCCUCCGGGCGUCUGUUGAGGAUAGUGGGAUGAGUGAUUAAAUUGGUACUUCUGGAGGAAAAAGAACCCAUUUUUUCCCCUCAAAAAAGUACAAAUUAUAAUAAUAAAUAAUAAUAAUAUAAGUGGCAGGAACAAAUGAGUUCUGUUUGCUGGAAUAAACAUUCUUAUUCCUAGAUGUGGGGGCUUCUCUAUCUUCACCUUCUGUUACAGUAUUGAUUUAUACGAAAUAUUGUUGCAUUUAAAAUAACUUCAUCUGUCUAUAUGUGGGUAUUUAUUUGAAAUGAUGUCUACGUACUGUACUCUGUUCUCUGUGCAUUACCCUUAGCGGCGGAUUAUUGGUCCUUAUUUUAAAGUCAUAUGCAUGUAUUCCUGCCAAGGAACCUUUACACAGACCCCAAGGGGCAAAAACGUCCUCAUUCUUUUGGGGGAGGGAGGCGAAGAAUGAGGACGAGAGCUCGUAACAAGAGUAUAAUUUUCAAGAUUGGGUAACUCUCCGUUGUCUGGGGGGGUGCAAAAGUAUGACUUUUAAAUUAAUCCAAAUGCAAUAUUUAUAGGAAACAGCCGGCCUGUGUAAAGAGUCACGUUGGCAGUUAUCAAUAAUAAAAAAAAUUUUUUUAAUGAUUAAAA